AUGGAUAACGAAACUUUGAAUGAGAAAGUAAAAAAUAACGGCCACAGAAAUGAGAAAAAGAAAAAAGGGGAUAGUGAUAAUGUCGAUACAAAAGUAACUGAUACGUUCACGGAAACAAAAAAAAUGGAGGAAGAAGACAGUAGAUCGUGUAGUUCUACUGAUAGUGAAGAUCUAGUAAAUGCCAUGAAUUACAACACUAUCACAUCACUAGCAGCUUUAAAAGAUAUAAUUCAAGGUGAGGGAAAUGAUACACCAGAAACUGAUAGCUUUUUUCAACACUACUUCAUGAAUCAUUGUAAUAACCUCUCCAGUCGUAAUUCCAAUCCGAACCCACCGUUUCCUUUUCCUGAGAGAAGAAGAUUAUCACAAUGUCGAGAGGAAGAUGAAGACGACGAGAAAAAAGAAGUUGAUAAAUUUACAUCGAUAAAUCCAAAGUCUAAAUUAAGAGAUAGCACCAAGUCUCUUACGGAAGAAAGUGGUGUAGAUAUAGAGGACGAUGUUCGAAAUGUGACAGAUCAUUCUGGAGUAGCAUCAAAUGAGAUAAUCGAAAGUAAUGAAAGCAAUGAUACUACAAAACGUAUGGUGUUAGGACCGAAGCAUAAAUUUCUUGUGACUACAGCAGGAUCGCCGCCAUCGCGAGCCCCCGUAGAAAAAGCACUUCGAUCACAGGUUCACAAUGCGCAUACGGUUCAUUUUGGCACUAAGGGAGCGGAAGAACAAAGACCUAGCGUACGAUCUAUUUUCGCAGGACAGAAUCUCCACCGUGACAAAAAUUAUUUUGAUAGUAGUUUAAUUGAAAUUAGAUCUAUAGUUGAUGGAGUACCGACUAGUUCAGAAGAUAUCUGGGUUAAAAGAAAAGAGGAGAAGCAAACCACAUUUAAGGAAGAACAACAGACCAAAGUUGACAAUUCCACUCGUAAAGAAGAUAAGAAACAACCGCCAACGGAGAAGACAGAUGUAGUAAAGCGUAAUCGCUCGGGUACUUGGGGCUCUCAAAUCACUCGCAAAGAUGUAGAAGUGGUUUCUAGGUCACCUGUACGACGAGAAAAAGAUGUAAGGAGGAUCAGCGACGAUAGGCGUCAAAAAAGAGAGCAACGUCUCGAUGCUGCGAUCACGCGUAGCACGCAAUCUGUGGGAGAACGCAAGCGUCGGGGAUCAGCUGACGAUGGUCAACAUCACACAAUGUAUCAGCAAACUAUACACGGAACCUCUGGGGUGAGCCGUAGACCGGCUCUUUUCGAUAUAUUCAAAACCAAACCGCGUGGUGACAACAAAAAACCAGCUUCUAUAAUGCAGCAAGUCAAAGCGGCUGUCCAGAGCAUGACCAAAUCAUAUCCGACCGGCAAAGAGAUACCAAAGACAGAAAUACCAAAAUCUGAUGUAAAACCAGAAUCGAGCAGCGCUACGGGUGAUGUUACUGCUGCUUCAAAGUCCAAAGACGGUUCGGCACAUCCUCACCCUGGGAGCCAUACACGAUACUAUCAUACAGUGACCGCUUCUGCGACCCGGCGGCCUAGCGCUAUGGCUAAAGUAAUGGAUAUAUUCCGUGGCAGAGCUUCUAUACCGGGUCAGGCUGUGUCAUUAGAAGGGCCCGAUAAGAGGAAAGCGAGGGCUUUAGCCUUGCAACAACAACAUGGUGCACAAUUUCGACGGGUGGCGUCGCAAGCGGAGGAGAAACGUCGUUCCUCCCUUGGCAAUGUACCCACCAUUAGACACCGGGCAUCGGACGCUUUCCUGGACCCACACCACGCCGCAAUGCUGUUCCGGGACUCGAGGGGGCUACCGGUUGCUGACCCGUUUUUGGAAAAGGUCAAACUCUCUGACUUAGAGGAAGAUGAGUCACAGAUCUUCGUGAAGUUCUUCAAGUUCCACAAGUGCUACGACCUUAUACCGACCUCCGCGAAGCUCGUGGUAUUUGACACGCAACUUCUCGUCAAGAAGGCAUUCUUCGCUCUUGUAUACAAUGGUGUCCGAGCGGCGCCGCUGUGGGACUCUCAGAAGCAGCAGUUCGUCGGCAUGCUUACUAUAACGGACUUCAUAAAAAUCCUACAGAUGUAUUACACAAGCCCCAAUGUAGCUAUGGAGGAGUUGGAGGAGCAUCGCCUAGAGACUUGGCGCCAUGUGCUGAAAGGUUCCGUGAUGCCGCUAGUUUCAAUUGGACCUGACUCCUCACUGUACGACGCCAUCCGUAUCCUGAUCACGAACAGAGUACACAGGCUGCCGGUCAUCGACCCCGAGACGGGCAACGUGCUUUACAUACUCACGCACAAGCGGAUAUUGCGCUUCUUAUUCUUAUACAUAAAUGAGUUGCCGAAGCCGUCCUACCUACAGUAUAAGUUACGCGACUUGCGCAUAGGUACACUGAAUGACAUCGAGACAGCGACAGAGGAGACUUCUAUCAUAGACGCACUGAGAAAGUUCGUCAACAGACGCGUGUCGGCAUUGCCGCUGGUGGAUAGCGAGGGCAGGCUCAAGGACAUUUACGCCAAGUUCGACGUCAUUAAUUUAGCUGCGGAAAAGACAUACAACAAUUUGGAUGUGUCACUGAAGACGGCGAAUGAACAUCGCAACGAUUGGUUCGAGGGAGUUCAAAAGUGCACAAUGGAUGAGACCCUAUACGAUGUCAUGGAGAAGAUAGUGCGAGCCGAGGUUCAUCGUUUAGUAGUCGUAGACGAAGAGGAUAAAGUGAUAGGCAUCAUAUCUCUAUCCGACUUGCUGAUGUAUCUCGUAUUGAGGCCUACCGGUGAAUGCGGCGGUGCCAGUUUACGUAACGAGCACGCGUCUAUAGAAGAAAAGGACGAAACACCCGGUGCCGAAGACGUAGACAGAGACGGACAAGUCGAGGUAAUCAAUGACGAAACCGAAGUCAGUGACGACACGGACACUCCGGAGGAGAAAUAA